CGCCCCAUUUGAGACACUCCUUUCUAUCCCUCUGUUUUAUUUCUACAGUGUCACAUGUUUUGUAGUGUUAUUGUUUUGUAGACUGCUAAGAUUGUAAUGAUUUUUAUGAAAGCGUUAUAUCAUCUGCCUUAAUAAGCAAUGUGGACUGCUUUGACUCUAGUCGUGCUAAGUUUGUCCGCACAGCUGUGCGCAAACAUUUGUCCAUGUGAGAGAGAGAAGCUCUGUGAACCCAUCCGACACCAGCCGGACUCUGAGGUGUUUGUAUUUGAUGUUGGGGGAAAGGCUUGGAAAUUUUACGACUGGACUAAAGUGACAACGGUUGCAGCUUUUGGAGAGUUUGAUGCUGAGCUGAUGUGUUACGCUCAUUCUAAAGGAGCUCGGGUGGUUUUAAAAGGAGAUGUUACACUCUCAGACAUAGUGGAUCCUGUAAACAGGACAACAUGGAUCCAAGGAAUGGUCCAGUUGGCAAAGAGUCAAUUCAUGGAUGGGAUAAACAUAGACAUCGAGCAUGCCGUAGAGACGGGUUCAUCCGAGUACUAUGCUUUGACAGCCCUUGUCAAAGAGACCACCGAAAGUUUUCAUAAAGAGAUUGCAGGUUCUCAGGUAUCAUUUGAUGUGGCAUGGUCACCCAAAUGCAUAGAUAAACGCUGCUAUGACUACAUCGCCAUUGCGGAUUCAUGCGACCUCUUGUUUGUAAUGUCUUACGAUGAGCAAAGUCAGAUCUGGGGCGACUGUAUUGCCAUGGCAAAUGCACCCUUCAAUCAGACACUGACAGCCUAUGACCAAUACAUUAGCAUGAAAAUAGAUCCAAAGAAACUUGUGAUGGGUGUACCAUGGUACGGUUAUGACUACACCUGCUUAAAUUUCUCAAAGGAUGGAAUAUGUACAAUUCCAAAAGUGCCGUUCAGAGGAGCCCCGUGCAGCGAUGCGUCCGGCAAACAGAUACCCUACAGCAUCAUGAUGAACCAGAUCAACAGCUCAAUAUCAGGCAGACUGUGGGAUGAGAACCAGCGAGCUCCUUACUACAAUUACAAGGACACUAACGGUAGCAUUCAUCAGGUGUGGUAUGAUGAUCCAGAAAGCAUUGCUCUGAAAGCUGCUUAUGUAGCACAGCAAGGUCUGAAGGGAAUCGGGAUGUGGAACGGAAAUCUGCUGAACUACAGUAAAGAUCCCAUCGCCCGGCAACAGACUUCAGACAUGUGGAACGCCCUCACACCCAAUCCAUACAGACGGUCUGCUGCUGUCUCCUAGGAUCAGUCAACUAUUUCUUUACAGUUAAUAUACAAAUUUAAAGCCUGAGAGGAUUUGACAUCCUCUCAUAUAUGUGUUUGAAGUCAACUUUUUUGAAUUGUAAUGAAAAGUUUUAACAUUUUAAUUAAAUGCAAUAAAAUGUACAGCUAUUAUUCCCAA